AUGCACUCACCCACCCGUGCCCCCCAUGAAUCGGCUGUCUCCCUCCAACGUGCUACCUGCACAGGUAUUCGCGUUCGUUCGCCCGCCGAUGCUCGGGUCAUUUUCCACUCCGUUUAUCUCAACAUCCUCCCCAUCGUCACCCGCCGACUCGACACUGAAGAAAGAAACACUAUUACACCUGGUUCGGUGUAUGUGUGGGAGGAAAGAGGCCCCCAUGCGGAAGCGACUGGUUUAGGGAUAGAAAGAUGGACAGAUGGAAUACGAUGGGGCCCAUCAAGAGUCCGCGAUGGUUUUCUCUUUUACCACGAGAAAGAAACACGACACAUCGAUGCCGAGAACAUAUACGGCGCAACCCCAAUAUCACAAAUGCGACACGAACCUAGUCGCGGGCUGAUAAAGCAAACCUACUCCGUUUACGUCGAUACAACAAGCGGGAGAAAGAAGUGGCAUCUCAUCGCUUACUUCACUGAAGAAUCGCUGGAGUACUUGCGGACUGUGAAUGACUUACCCCAUCUCGCAUCAUUACUUGUACCUCAAGGAAGGUACAAGAGCGCACGCACAGCUAAAGGAAGAAUCCGCGACCAGGUCGAGGACGACUAUACACCUUCAUCAGGAUCACAGCUUCCACCUAUCAAUUCACCAAUAUCAGACACACAGGAGAAGAUUUUCACCGAUGCCAGAAGACCGUCCUUACCUCACCCGAGAAACGAAUAUCCUCGUGUCGUGUCGGAGCGACAAUCGCCGCCGACUCCUUCUACUCCAAAAGAUCUGGCGCCUCUGGCAUACCUUGAGAACAUUGCUCCUCGGCCUCGACACCCUGUCGAUGAGAAGCUCCUGAUGAUGUUCAUUCCGAAUCUACAUUAG